GCCCCGCCAUGAGAUAGCGACGCCGGAAGAUUUUCAGAAUUGGCAACCAUUGACUCAUCCAACUCUUCUCGGCCUCCUACAAGAGUCGGAGCGGUCGAGGUUAACAAGAGGCUUCCGGUUUUCCUUCCGUCUCUCCCACCAGACAGGCACCGUCAAAAUGCCCAAAGUCCACCUCCUCGACUACGUCGCCGGCAACGUGCGCAGUCUCGUGAAUGCCAUUGAGAAGGUUGGCUACGAGGUCGAUUGGGUGCGAUCACCGGAAGACGUCGCGAAUGCUGAGAAACUCAUCCUCCCCGGUGUAGGCCACUUUGGCCACUGCCUCUCGCAGCUCUCCUCGGCCGGCUAUCUCCCCGCCCUCCGCGCCCACAUCGACGCUGGGAAACCUUUCAUGGGUAUCUGCGUCGGUUUGCAGGCCCUGUUUUCCGCAUCGGCCGAAGACCCAGACUGCCCCGGCCUCGGCGUCCUCCCCCGGGCGCUCGACCGGUUCGACGACACGGCCAAGUCUGUCCCCCACAUCGGCUGGAACAACGCUUCAUGCCCGGCGAAUCCGACGCUGUACGACCUGCGCCAGGACUCCAAGUACUAUUACGUCCACUCGUACAAAUACCCAUACAAGAAAGGGGAGCUGGAAGAGCUUGGCUGGGCCGUCGCGACGGGUACAUACGGCAGCGAGACGUUUGUCGGCGCCGUGGCCAAGGGGAAUGUGUUUGCGACACAGUUCCACCCGGAAAAGAGCGGCGUCGCGGGGCUGAGGGUGCUCCGCGCGUUCUGCGACGGCUCCGGGGCCAAAGCUCUCGCGGAGCAUGUUCCCCAUGGCGUGGAUGGCGACGUAGACGAGAUGAUCGCGCGAGAGGGGCUGACCAGACGCGUGAUUGCCUGCCUUGACGUGCGGGCAAACGACCAAGGAGACCUCGUGGUGACAAAAGGCGACCAGUACGACGUGCGGGAGAAGUCGGAGAAUCGGUCUGUCCGCAACCUGGGCAAGCCGGUGGAGAUGGCGAAGAAGUACUACGAGCAGGGCGCGGACGAAGUCACGUUCCUCAACAUCACAUCCUUCCGCGACUGCCCGGUUGCCGACCUGCCCAUGCUAGAGAUUCUGCGGAGGACAUCAGAGACGGUUUUUGUGCCUCUUACGGUCGGCGGCGGUAUCCGCGAUACGGUAGACGUGGACGGUACAAAGGUUUCGGCGCUCGAGAUUGCGACAAUGUACUUCAAGAGCGGAGCGGACAAGGUGUCAAUUGGCAGCGAUGCAGUGAUCGCUGCCGAGGAAUACUACCGAGGCGGAAAGGUGCUGUAUGGCAAUACCGCCAUUGAACAAAUCAGCAAGGCGUACGGCAACCAGGCAGUUGUUGUCAGCGUGGAUCCCAAGAGGGUCUAUGUUCCCAAGCAGGACGCCACGCGCCACGCCACCAUCAAGACGAAGUAUCCAGGGCCCAAGGGGGAAGAGUACUGCUGGUACGCAUGCACCAUCAAGGGCGGCCGGGAAACGAGGGACCUGGACGUUAUCGAGCUUACGCAGGCCGUCGAGGCAAUGGGCGCCGGCGAGAUCCUGCUCAACUGCAUCGACAAGGACGGCACCAACAGCGGGUUCGAUCUCGAGCUGAUUAGGCAGGUGAAAACGGCCAUCAGGAUACCAGUCAUCGCCAGCAGUGGCGCCGGCAAUCCGGGACACUUCCUCGACGUCUUCCAGGAGACGACCACGGAUGCUGCUCUAGGAGCGGGCAUGUUCCACAGGGGCGAAUAUACGGUGCAGCAGGUAAAAGACCACCUUGGUGAGAAGGGGCUGCCGGUCAGGAAGUUUGAAGGAGUGCUAUGAUGAGCUUCUGCACAUCUACACGCAAAUCUUGAUAUAGACCUGGACGAAUACUCUUGGAUUUCGCUGCAGAUACCAUGAAUACCAACUAAACGGAUGCCCCAAUCAUGCAAGACCCAACUAAAAACAGCCACUGAGAGAUGUCGAGGAUCAGACUGAGGAUGACGAGCGCUACCAUAAUGUGGUUGACAAACUCCCAGAACCCAUCGCGCCUCGUACGCCUAAAC